CUCCCACACCACGCGGCGAAGCGAACGCUCACAGCCUCGACACCUUCUUCCUCUGUUUGAAAAGUCACCGACUAAUAAUGUCGCACUCACUCACUCACUCUCUCACUCUCUCUAUCUCUCUGAGUUCAUUGAAUUCUCUCACUUCUCCCUGCCUGAGUUAUAUCGCCAAGUUUAUAUGAGCCUUCUUGCUCUUUGAGAGGACAUUUACAAUUACAAAGAACCCACCAAUGUCUUCGCUGUCAUCUUUGUGUUCUUCAAAUCUGGAGAGGUUUCUUCAAUAUGUGACUCCCACAGUUCCUUCGCGACCCCUUCCUCAGAGCUGCUUUGAUAAUCUAAAUAGCCUCUGGCAACCACCUGGUAAAGACACAAUUGAGUAUUUCACGUUGAGAGAUCUCUGGGAUUGCUAUGAUGAAUGGAGUGCCUAUGGUGCUGGCACCCCAGUACUGUUGAACGGUGGUGAAACUGUUAUGCAAUACUAUGUUCCAUAUAUUUCCGCCCUUCAGAUAUACACUAACAAAUCAGCUGUCACUUCAAGGAAUCGUAAAGAGGAUAGUGAUGUGGUGGAAUUUGAAAAUGAUUCUUGGAGUGAUGACAGUGGGAGUGAUAACCUAUCAACGGCUCUAAGCAACAACUCUAGCAAGGCUUGGGAUGCUGUUUCUGAGGAUUCAAGCUUAGACCAGGAGGGUUCCUCGCCAAUGAGGGAUAGGCUUGGCUGCCUUUACUUUCAGUACAUUGAGAUGGCUUCUCCCUACUGGAGGGUUCCACUUAUGGACAAGAUAACUGAAUUAGCUCAGAAUUAUCCUGCAUUAAUGACACUCAAGAAUGUGGAUCUUUCCCCAGCAAGUUGGAUGGCUGUUGCUUGGUAUCCCAUUUAUCACAUUCCAAGCCAAAGAAACGAAAAGGACUUGUCAGCUUGUUUCCUUAGUUAUCAUACAUUGUCCUCAAGUUUCCAAGACAAUGCAGUGGAGGAUGCAGACACCAUUAACGGUAAAGCAAAAUCACAUCCUGAAGCAAUGAGAACCGUAGGAGACAAAUCUAAGGAAGAAAGCAAUGGUGGAAUUUCUCUUCCUCCCUUUGGGCUGGCUCCUUACAAGUUGCAAGGAGAUCUUUGGAUAAAGCCACAGACAUCUGAUCGUGAGAGGAUGAUGCAUCUUUACAGUGCUGCCGAAUCCUGGUUGAAGCAGCUUGGCAUCCAACACCAUGACUUCAACUUUUUUAGUUUCCAUUGUACCAUGUAAAUUUGUUUGGCGUCCAUUCAGUGAUCUAGCCACCGCCCAUCAAAAUUUCCCCCCAGGUGCAGUUCUCAAAACAUUCACAAACUACAAUCCCUGAGCUGAAAUUUUAAGUUCGCGUCCAAAGGAUAGCAACAGAUUACUCUGGGAAGUUCUGUUAAGAGGGGGAUUUUUGGACUCUGUUGUUUAUAUUUAUGUUUAUGUUUAUGUUUAUGUUUAUGUUUAUGUUUAUGUUUAUGAGGGGCUUAUAGAGAGGAUGAAGGAGUUUUAGAGGCAAUUUAGUUUUUAUUUAUGCCGAUCAACUCAUUAGCCUAUCACAUGACAUUUUUUCAUUUCCAGAAAGGAUGUGUAUAUAUGUACUGUUUUGGUCCCAA